AUUAGAACCACUAAUAGAAACAUAGGUUAGUCGUGGAAUUGGAGAGACUGAAAAGAAAAAAGCAAAGGUUGAUUCCUUGGUGCAAGCCCAUAGAAAGUAAUGGUUUAAAAGUGGGGAAGGUUUGCAGAAGAGACAAGAUGAGUAUAGAAAGUGUAAAUUAUGAAUAAACUGAGUGCCUUUGAUAAGAAGCAGGCAUAGAGCCAAAGUCCUGGUAGUUCUGGGCAUAGUCUCUCACACUUCAACUGCAAAGUGACGACUGAGUAGAAACCCCAAACUAACAAACCAAAAUUCUCAUCUCAUAUCUCAUGUAGACACAAAACAACAUCAUCAUUUCAUUCCUCUCUUCUAUCAUCGUCAUGGCCAAUCACCCUUCCGAACCUCCCACCGACGACUUCCUCGACGAAAUCCUCGGCCUCCCCACCUUCGCCUCCGCCGACCACGCCGACGCUUCUCCGAUGAUGCUCCAACUCAACUCCGGGGACGCCGCCUUCCACGCGCCGCCAUACCAGCUGGGCCUCAGCUUGGAACAAGGUAAGGGAGGCUUCCUCUCGCCCGAAGAUGCUUCUGGUAGCGGCAACCGCUUCCGCGACGACGUCGUUGGUACCAGGCCUAAGAACGUUUUUCAUGGGCAACCCAUGCCAACUACUGUUCCGACUGCUCCACCACUUCCACCAGCAGUGCGACCUAGAAUGCGCGCUAGAAGAGGACAGGCUACAGAUCCACACAGUAUAGCUGAAAGGUUGCGCAGAGAGAGAAUAGCUGAAAGAAUAAGAGCUUUGCAAGAUCUGGUUCCUAGUGUCAACAAGACAGAUAGAGCUGCCAUGCUGGACGAAAUUGUGGAUUAUGUCAAGUUCUUAAGGCUUCAAGUAAAGGUUUUGAGCAUGAGUAGAUUGGGUGGAGCUGGUGCUGUAGCACCACUAGUAACCGAUAUCCCAUUAUCAUCGGUAGAGGUAAUUGUUCUAACUAAUGUUAGUUGGCAAAAAUUUGUUUCUCUCCAAUUUAUCAAAUUUAGUAUCUAUCAGGAAGAAGGCAGUGAAGGAAGAAACCAGCCUGCUUGGGAGAAGUGGUCAAAUGAUGGCACAGAAAGACAGGUAGCUAAGCUUAUGGAAGAAAAUGUUGGGGCUGCCAUGCAGUUUCUUCAAUCAAAAGCACUCUGCAUCAUGCCUAUCUCACUGGCAUCAGCAAUAUACCCGUCACAACCAUCGGAUCCUUCUAGUAUAGUUAAACCUGAAACUAAUCCACCUUCAUAGACAGACCUCAGGCACAGAUGCACCAUCCAGUGGUUCCAUCAAGGACUCACCUAAUACUGCUAGGACCCACAUGUUAUUUGUCUGUUUCAAACACCCUUAGUCUUAGUCAUUGGUCAGUAUCAAUUUGCAUUCAAAGUAGGAUGCCAAUAGUCUUUUCCUUUUUGCCGUUCUUUCACCUUUUGUCUAGCAGGGUUUGAUGUCAGUGGCCUUCAACAUAUAAGCAAAGCCUAUCUUGAUAAAUUUCAUGUAAAGGGAAAGAAAUUGUCGAAGUUCACUUGAUAUGCUCUUCCUUUUUUUUAUCAAUUGGUGGGGGUUAGUGGAACGUGAUGGAAGCGCUUUUAUAGUGGGGCUUAGUUUUUGUAGUGGGCAGUGGGACCUUCUAAAAGGUUAGGGUGGUGUGUAUUUUUAUUAGUGAUGUAACUCUUAGAGAAUUUGAAAUGCAGAGGUGAAAUGGAUAAUGGUUGCUUUAAUUAA